AUGGUCCAGAUUACCAAGCUUACCAGCGCUGUCGUCGCUGCCGGUCUUUUCGCCUCGGCCGCCGCUCACCCCGGCGAGCACCACGACCACCACCACAUCAAGCGUGAAAUCUCUGCUCGCCAUGUCCGCGCCGCUGCUGCCAAGCGUUCGCUCGACAACUGCAACUCGGCCGCGAAGCACCAAGCCCUGAACGCUCGCUCCUAUGCUCGCCGUGCUCAGGUUGCCCACGAGCUUCGUGAGAAGCGUGGAAUUGCCGAGAAGCCCCAGAAGUUCCGCCGUGACCUCGCUACGCUGGAGGAGUUCGAGGCGGUCAACCACAACAUGACUGGCAUCUACAACUACGACGAGAAGACCCCUGCCGGUGCCAUCUUCGGCGCAAACACGUCCUGCAUUCUGGCCCCCGAGGUCACUGACGGCCCUUACUACGUCGUUGGUGAGAUGAUUAGGAAGAACGUGAAGGAAGACAAGUACUCGGAUGGUGUCGAUCUGUACCUUGAGGUGCAGUACAUCGACAUUGAGACGUGCGAGCCUGUGCCGGGCGUGUACGUUGACAUCUGGAACGCCAACGCUACGGGUGUUUACUCGGGUAUUUACACCAGUGGCAACUACGCCGCCGAUGGCCUGAACUCGACCUACCUCCGUGGUAUUCAGGAGACUGACAAGGAUGGUGUUGUCGCCUUCGAGACCAUCUUCCCCGGUCACUACGAUGGCCGUGCCACGCACACCCACCUGCUGGCCCACAUGAACGUGACGCGCUUCCCGAACAACACCAUCUCGGACUCGAACAACAUCACGCACAUCGGCCAGCUCUUCUACAACGAGGAGCUGCGCAGCGCCGUCGAGGCGGUCUACCCGUACAACACCAACGAGCAGGCCAUCACGACCAACGCCGACGACAUGUGGGACAUCGUCCAGGCCGACACCUACUACGACCCCUUCCCGGAGUACAUCUACCUCGGCCCGGACGUCACCGACGGCCUGAUGGCGUGGAUCCAGAUCGGCAUCAACACGUCGGCCAACUACAUCGACGACGACUACUACUCGGUCGCCGCCUACCUCCAGGCCGACGGCGGCCACGAGAACGCCGACAGCGCCACCGGCUUCGGCGGUGGUGGCGAGGGCGGCAACGGUACCAUGACCGGUGCUAUGCCGUCCGGUACUCCCCCUUCUUCUUAA